AUGGAGUGUCCCCGCCAGAACGAUGAAGCCAGCCCGCAAGAGACCCUCGAAAGGUACAUCAAGAUGCUGGAGGGGAAAGAGGAGGAGGAAGAAAUGCUACCGGAUACCGAAAGAAGUACAAAUACACAUUCUAUCUGCACCGCCGACAUGAAGCAGAUUCUCCUCUGGAACGACCAUGUGCUCGGGAUCAUGAGAGACACGCCCGCUGCGUUCGGACGGCCGUGCCCAGAAGACGCGACGGAGCAGCAUAAGGCGGCGCUAUCAGCAUAUCGAAAGUGCGACCUCGCCGUGUUUUUGUUCUUCGAUCUGCUACAGCGUGUCUUGGACGGAAAAGCAGAGGUCACUUGGUGCGCCUUCCACCCCAUUCCAUCUCUCAAAGUCUGGCGCAACGACUCCGGUACCCGCGAAUACACCCCCUUUCGACAUGUCGUUUUCCGUAUACGAAUUGGCGCCCUUGAUCCGAUAUAUGACCCUACAUACGAGCAGUUUGGCUAG